UCUAGAGUCUGGAAUAUUUGAUAACAUGUCUAAAUUGCAAGUAUUAAGCUUGGCUGGGAAUCAAAUUUCUGGUAGCAUUCCUAAUAGUUUAUUCAAGUGCAAAGAGUUGAGGCAUUUAUCAUUGUGGAACAACUCUAUGGAAGGAAGUAUACCUAUAGAAAUCGGAAAUUUGACUAUGCUCCAAUCUUUGUAUCUUGGUUUCAACAACUUCAAAGGUGAAAUUCCAUCUGUUAUUGGAAACCUUACUUCUCUUAAGCAUAUUGGCCUUUCUCAUAACAACUUCUCAGGUGAAAUUCCAUCGGGUAUUGGAAAUCUUACUUCUCUUGAAUUGAUUGACCUUUCUGAAAACAACUUAAAAGGUUCUAUUCCUUACUCAAUCUUCAACAUUUCCUCGUUGCAAGUUAUUUCAUUGGCAUACAACAAUCUCUUUGGUUAUUUCUCUUCCGAUAUGUUUGAUUAUCUUCCUCGAUUACAUUAUCUUAAUUUGGAAUAUUGUCAACUUUCUGGAAGAGUUCCAAUGAGUUUAUUCAAAAACAAAGAGUUAAACUUUUUGUUUUUGGAUAGUAAUAAUUUGGAGGGAAUUGUGCCAGUAGAAAUCUCAAAUUUGACUUCACUCAAGUAUGUCUCUAUCGAAGAUAACUACUUAUCAGGAAAAAUUCCAUCAGUUAUUGGAAACUUAACUUUUCUCGAGGAAUUUGAGCUUUCUGAUAAUAACUUAACAGGCCAAAUUCCUUCCUCAUUAUGCAAUCUGAGUUCCCUUAAGGUUCUUUUCUUAUACAAGAAUAGUUUGGACGGAGAAAUUCCAGAUUGCAUUGGAAACAUGAGUUCUCUUUCACACAUUGACCUAGAGAAGAAUAAUUUUCAUGGUAAAAUACCAGAAAAUUUUGGUAAGAGUUGCACCUUACGCAGUUUUCGAAUCAGCGACAACCAAAUAGAAGGGUCACUGCCACGAUCUUUGGGUAAUUGCAAAGAGUUGAAGCUUCUCGACGUUGGAAACAACUAUUUGAAUGACACAUUCCCAAAUUGGUUAGGAAAUUUGGAUCAACUGCAAGUGCUUAUCUUGAGAUCGAAUAGAUUCUAUGGUGAAGUGGGAGCUCAGGAGUUACAGUUUCCUUCACUCGUUUAUGUCUCAUUGAUAUUUCUCAUAACAACUUCAGUGGCUAUUUACCUAUGAAAUAUUUUGAAAAUUUGCAUGCCAUUAAAGAAGUGAAUGGAAAA